UAACUGGUUUCGUCGGUAUGAACGGAUAUGGGCUCCUUUCAAAUAUUUGUAGACAAUGCACUGCAUUGUACCGGCCAAAACAAUUCAAUACAUUUUUUGGGAGCAACCACACAUCGAAAUGGAAGUGGGCCCGUUUAUUUGGAACAGUAUCUAACAACAAUACCGCAGCAAGCUUACGUGAGCGCCCGCACUGUAAUAUCGGCACCAUUGGACAUGUCGACCAUGGCAAGACAACACUGACGGCGGCUAUUACAAAAAUUCAAUCCCAAAAAGGAUUAGCCGACUACGUACCCUACGACCAAAUCGAUAGAGCGCCAGAAGAAAAGGCACGUGGUAUCACCAUUAAUGCAUGUCACAUUGGGUACGCCACUGCGGAUAGAACAUAUGCCCACACCGACUGUCCAGGCCAUGCUGAUUACAUUAAGAAUAUGAUAUCCGGCGCUUCACAAAUGGACGGAGCUAUAUUGUUAGUGGCAGCAAAUGACGGACAAAUGCCUCAAACACGUGAACAUUUACUGUUGGCCAAGCAAGUGGGAAUUCAGCGAAUAGUAGUGUUUAUAAACAAAGCUGAUCUAGUCGACCAGGAAGUGCUGGAGUUGGUGGAGAUUGAAAUGCGCGAGAUGUUGACAGAUUUUGGAUUCGAUGGUGUAGCCAGUCCAGUGAUUUGUGGUUCCGCUUUGCUAGCACUGCGUGGAGACCAGUCAAAGUUCGGUGUUCCAGCUAUCGAGGAAUUAUUGGAGCAAUGUGACUCAUUUAUCCCGACACCAACGCGCGAUAUAAGUUCCCCCUUUAUACUGCCAAUAGAUAAUGCAUUCACCGUUCCUGGACGCGGUACUGUGGUAGUGGGAACCAUCAAGCAAGGGACGAUUGUACGUAACGCCGACGCAGAUUUGUUGGGCUUCAAUCAAAACAUAAAGACAACCGUUAGUGACAUUCAAAUCUUUCGCAAGAGUGUACCACAGGCCAUUGCCGGUGAAAAUGUAGGCGCCUUGUUGCGAGGCAUAAAAAUUUCCAAUGUUGAGCGUGGCAUGCAGCUUUGUGCGAUGGGCAGUCAAGAUAUAUCGAAUCACUACGAAGGCUCCAUGUAUUUACUCUCGCGUGCGGAGGGUGGGCGCCACAAACCAAUGCUUUCCAAGUAUAUACAGCAACUCUUUAGUAUGACUUGGAAUGUUCCGGCUCGCGUUGAUUUAGUUCCAAGCGAUGCUAUGCUUUUGCCUGGUGAGCACGGUCAGGUACGGGUUACUUUGCUGCGCAAAAUGGUCAUGACUCCUGGCCAGCCGUUUACAAUACGGGAAAAUGGGGCAACUGUAGCUACGGGAAUGAUAACAAGUCGCUUGCCAUCUUUAGACGUACCUAAAAAUAAAUUGUCAAAGGUGUAUGUGGCAUCCUAGUAAGCAAUCAUCGGCUUUUAUUUACGCAAAAUUCGUAUUAUACAAACUCAUUUUAUUGUACAUGCGUUUGUUAAUCUAAUUUAUGUAUGUGGUAAAUAACAAUACAUUUCAAAGAAAUGUU